AUUUUGUUAUACUUAGGCGGACAUGAUUCAUUAAUUUUGGAAUUGAAUUAAUUUGAGUUUGAAACUAUGCCUAUAAAUUCCUAAAGCAAAUGGUACUACUACUAGAAGUUGAAAACUCGUGUAUUGUUUUUGCUUUUAGUUAAACUCGUAAUUACUUGAAGCAUUAAUUAAAACCUUACAAAAAAAUAAAAAAAAAUUAUUGAUGCCAUUAUUCCCUAUGCCUUUCAACUUCUCCAGAAGUUUUUCAAUACUUCUUCCAUCCUCUGAUUGGAGCUGCCGGUAGCAUAUCAUUAUUCGAUUCCUUCAGUUUCCUGGAAAAUUGCCAACCCCAAUUGUUUGAUAAUUCCAUUUCCUCUAUUCUUGAGGUCUUCCAUAAACUCGUAUUACGUGAAAGAUGGCAGAGAAAUUGGCUCCCGAGAAGCGCCACAGUUUCAUCCAUAAUGGUCAGAAGGUGUUUGAGUGGGAUCAAACGCUGGAGGAGGUGAACAUAUACAUCACGCUUCCCCAAAAUGUGCCGAAGAAGUUAUUCUACGGCAAGAUUGAAUCCAAACAUUUGGAAGUUGGGAUUAAAGGCAACCCUCCUUAUCUUAAUCAUGAUCUUUCCAGUCCAGUGAAGACAGAUUGUUCAUUCUGGACCCUAGAGGAUGAUAUAAUGCACAUAACUCUACAGAAAAGGGAUAAAGGUCAAACAUGGUCUUCCCCGAUCAUAGGUCAAGGCCAGUUGGAUCCUUACACCUCAGAUAUGGAGCAGAAACGCCUCAUGCUGCAGAGGUUUCAAGAAGAGAACCCAGGUUUUGAUUUCUCGCAAGCUCAGUUCAGUGGUAGCUGUCCUGACCCAAGAACGUUCAUGGGUGGAAUGCGUUCAACUUGACCUGAUUUGCAGCAUGGAAUUAGCAUUUGGAAAAUUAACUAUGACUUAGUUAUCUCUUAAUAACGUCAGUGUGGGUUCAGAUUGAGUUUGUUAUUGCUGCUGAUCUCUUUUCCAGUAAAUUAAAUCUCUUCAACUGGUUUGUUUUGUGGAUAGUGUUUGUACAAUGUUAAUGUGUGAUUGGUGAUUCUCUUUCGGAGGGAAAGUGAUUGAUUUCUGGAAAUUGAAGGUUUGGAACAAUUGCUAUACUAUAUGGACCAUUAUUAUGAGUCGUUUACUUUUUUAUUUUCCAUUUAAUGUCCAGAGACACAUUUGUAAUACUACAUCUGUCUCAAAAUUAUUAUUUAGUUUGGAUUUUCAUUCUAGUUCAAAUUGUAAAAGUGAAAAUGCAAAUUGGACAACAAUUUUGAGACAGAGGAAAUAUGAUUUAUGUUCUUUAUAUUUGUAAGAAUUAAGAAGUAAGAAGUAACUAUUCG